CCUGUUCUGCAAACGUUUUUCGCCUGUAUUUCAGCCAAAGAUAUUAACAACAUUUUCAUCCAAAGGAUACUACAAACGCGACUUAAGAACAUGGAGCUUCAUUACGGAGUAAAUUAUCAUCGGAUGCUGCGGAAAUCAAACUCAAUCUUCUGCCAUUUUCAUCAUUUGUUUCAUGAUCAGAUCCACCAUCAAAGAAAGAACGACAGUUGCAAACUUAAAGAUGACGUAUAUACCAUCAUGACGUAUCCCUCAAGGACUUACUUAUCCUCGAUAAAACCUUCUGGUGUCUGCUUUGGUCUUGAGAGAAUAUCGAUUCGUCGCUGGCCCGCUGCAAAAGUAGUUUUCAAGUUUUAGUGUCAAUGGAUAGGCGGAUAUUGAUAGACACGGGUGAAGGGGGAAAAGAUGAGUACAUCAAAAAUCUCAAGGAUACUUUGGAGAGUCAGAAUGCAAGACUACAGAGUAUUAUCAUAACACAUUGGCACACUGAUCAUACUGGAGGAAUUAGCGAUGUUGUUAAUAAUUGUCCAUGUGAUGAAGAUUUGCUGAUCAUGAAACAUCCUCUUGUGCCAUUCCAAGAAGAAACUAUCCCCAACUGUAGUAAGAAGUACACAUAUAUCAAAGAUAAUGAAGAAAUCAAGACUGAUGGAGCCACCUUAAGACUUCUGCAUACUCCAGGUCACACUACAGAUCAUCUGGUGUUAACCUUGCUGGAAGAGAAUACAGUAUUCUCUGCUGAUUGUGUGUUGGGUCAUGGAACUGCUAUAUUUGAAGACCUUUAUGAUUACAUGGUUUCACUUCAAAGGAUUGUCUCGUUGAACUGUCAUCAAUUGUACCCAGGCCAUGGUGCUGUUGUCAGUAAUCCUAAGGAAAAAUUAACAGAAUAUAUUGAGCACAGAACAUUACGAGAAAAUCAAAUCCUUGAAGAAUUAAAGGCAAUCAAAGGACAGCCACUUACCGCUAUGGAUCUUGUCAAGAAAAUCUACACAGAAACCCCAAUUCACCUACGAAAAGCUGCAGAGAAGAAUGUGUUAGAGCAUCUGAAGAAACUUGAAAAGGAAGGAAAGAUUUGUAAAUUGUCAACAGUUGAGGCAAUAACUUCUUCAACUCAAUGGACAAGUCACCUUUAAAAUGCAACAAUAAAUUUUUAAACAAUUUUACAAUUUUUACAUUAUCAAAUAGUAUAGUAAGGCUUAUCCCUUACCAUUUUGGUCAAUUUUGACCACUUUUUGAACUGUUCAAAAACUGUCUUAAAAUGCUAAAAAUUGCUU